GUGUGUCUUCAGCCGGCCAGUGAGUGAGAUUUACGGCAUGAACGUGGAGAAGCUGAAGCGCCUGCAGGCGCAGGUUCGGAUCGGCGGAAAGGGCACGCCCCGCCGGAAGAAGAAGGUGAUGCACCAGACGGCGGCCACCGACGACAAGAAGCUGCAGAGCUCCCUCAAGAAGCUCUCGGUGAGCACGAUCCCGGGCAUCGAGGAGGUGAACAUAAUCAAGGACGACCUGACCGUGAUCCACUUCAACAACCCCAAGGCGCAGGCCUCGCUCUCGGCGAACACCUUCGCGGUCACCGGGCACGGCGAGACCAGGAAGGUGGUCGAGAUGCUGCCGGACAUCCUGCCCCAGCUGGGCCAGGAAACGGUCGUCCAGCUGCGCAUGUACGCCAACGCCAUGAACAACCAGAAGGGAGCUCCCUCCAGUGGAGAAGGGCCCGUUCCCGCCGAGGAGGACGACGAUGUACCAUUGCUAGUCGGAGACUUUGAUGAGGUGGCCAAGGUGGAGGCCACCAAGCAGACGGAGCAGGCAGCAAAGGAGAACGUGGAGAGUAAACCAAAGGAUAAGCAAACGCAACAGCAGCCCAAGAAGGAGCCAAAGCAGCAGCAGAAUGAGAAGCCCAAGCAGGACAACAAGAAGGGUCAGGGUAAAGAUGGUAAGAAGAACGAUCAGCAGGCCAACAAGGACAAGCAGAACAAAAACAAGGAUCAGGCACAGAAAGGCCAACAAGCUCCUCAGGCCAAACAGGAAAAGACAAAGGCUGCAGAAACUUCCAAGCAGGAUAUUUCGAAAGCGCCGGCAGAACAGAAGAAGGAACAAUCCAAGCCUGCUGACCAGAAGAUUGAAGCCAAGCCUGCAGAACAAAAGGUGGAGCAACCCAAACCUACUGAAACCCAACAAAAAAUAGAAAGCAAACCCGCUGAGCAGAAAGUAGAGCCACCUAAGCAGACUGAAAAACCGGUGGAAAAACCAAAGGAUCAGCCUAAGGUAAAUGAGCCGAAAGUUGAACAGCCAAAAGCAACAGGACAACAAACAGAUCUGAAAAUCCAACCUAAACCCACAGAGCAGAAGGUGGAGCCACUUAAGCAGGCAGAACAAAAGGUUGAUUUGAAACCCGAACCACCAAAGCCAACUCCGGCAGAACCUCCAGCGAAGGCGUCGACUCCUCCUGCUGUCCAAACUCUAGCCCAGAUCGUGGCCUCUGAGCCGCCCAAGCAGGCAGCUCCUCCAGAGAAACCCGCUGCGGAGGCAGCACCCGCUCCUAAGAUCGAGGAGCAGAAGAAAGAAUCGCCUCCUCCAGCCAAGGUGGAGCCAACCAUUGCACCCGUAGCCACUGCUGAACCACCCAAAAGUGCUCCCAAACAGGAUUCACCUCCAAAGAGCGCUCCCAAACAGGAAUCGCCUCCGAAAAGUGCUCCCAAACAGGAAUCGCCUCCAAAAAAUGCUCCCAAACAGGACUCGCCUCCCAAGAGUACUCCCAAGCAGGCCUCUCCUCCCAAGAGCACUCUGGAUAAGCCCAAGGAGGAAACUUUGCCUCAGACUGCAGCCGAACCUGUCAAACAGGUCAGGCCACCAGCAGAAACUCCGAAAGUUGCACCCGAGACUAAUAAAGCUCCAUCUCCGGAAGUCGCCAAAACUACUGCUCCCGAAGUUGCCACAGCACAGGUUCCACCCAAACCCCAAGAACAAGCUACAGUUGCUCCCGAGAAGCCAGCCGAGCCGCCAAAGCCAGCAGGAGAGGAUAAGGGGUCCCCCAAGAAGGAGACGCCUCCUCCCACCAAACCAGAAACGCCUCCAGCUUCCGCUCCGGCUCCUGUGGCUCCGGCCACCGCCACUCCGGCUGAAGCGCCUUCCCCAUUGGCCCCCUCCACUCCUCCGUCGACUCCCACAUCCGUGCCCCCAUCUGCCGCGGCCGUAACCCCGCCCUCCCCCGCCGUAGGGACUCCCCCGCCCGCUGCAGUUACUCCGCCCCAGAAGCAGGCUCCCCAGGGGAAUGCCAAGAAGCAGGAGGCGGGACAGAAGCCCAAGCAGCAGCAGCCGGCCAACAAGUCGCAGCAGGCGCAGAAGCAACCACCAGGAGGACCUGGUGGGCCCGGGGGAAACAAGCCCCAGCAGCAGAAGCAAGCCAAUCCUAAUCAGAGUGCCGGUGCCAAGCCAGCAGUGGGUCCAAAGCCCGCCCAGGCUGCAGGGAAACCCGCUUCUCCGAAAGCACCAGCUCAGCCAGGUCAACCAAAUCAACAGCAGCAGGGAAAAGCGGCCCCCAAGACAUCUCCUUCCAAGCAAACAGGACCUCCUGGUGGGCAGCAGAAGCCGGCGGGGAACUCCCCGAAGGCCACGCCCUCGCCAAAGGCGGCCGGAUCCCCGAAAGCCAACUCGCCAAAGGCCGGAACCCCUCCGAAUCCCCCGCCUUCCGCUCCCGCAGGCCCUAAUUGAUCUUCCGUCUAACCCUUCCUUAAUCGGCUCCCCUGCAUUUCGAACUUGCCGCGCAUUUUCACAGAUUUUUCGCUUUUUCGACUUUCUCUUUGCAUCCAACUCACUAACAGAUUUUUGAUAACUUGUGACCAUUAGAUUUUUGAAUAAAAUUAUAAUUUACAAAAAAA